CGUUUGUACUAGUCCAACGUUUGUCCUGGUCCAACGUAUGUACUGGUACCGAUUGUAAAACAUUUUUUUCAUUGCAAAUUUCCUGAAAUAUAAUUUAAAGAAUUUAUUUAUGGCAAAACUCCUAGUUCAACCCUUAUAUUGUUAGAUUUAAAUCAUUAAAGUCUUAUCCUUCGUGAUUCUUUAAUCGUGAUAGUUCUUCAGGAUCGUCUUUGCCCUGGGACAUGUUGAACUAUGCAGUUUGUGAUAAUAUUGAUUUAAAUAUUAUCCUGGCAGAGUUCGAGUCCUACCAUCAGGUAAAAUUCAGUAAACGUCCUGAACUAUGUCGGAAGGUGGAGAGAGAAGGAGACGGAAAAGAUUCAAGACGAAGGAAAGUUCAUAAACCUUUAAACCGAGGAAAUUCUCUCCAGACGAAAGAGGGACCUGGAGAACCAACCUUGCUUGGACCCAAACCAGACCUUCAAGUUAAAGGACGGAGUAUGAUGGAGCAGGAUGUUGAGGAGAAAGAGUUAAUAUUCCCUCCCAGUCUGAUGGUUGGGGAGGAGAGCAGGGAGCUGAUCCAGUGGUUGGCCAGGGACGUGAUCACAGACAAACCUGACAUCUCCUGGGAGAGUGUAGUAGGUCACCAGGAUGUGAAGGAGGCUCUGGAGGAGUGUGUCCUCUAUCCUCUACGGUAUCCAACCAUAUUCAACAGUCUCAAGAAGUCUCAGAUGUUUUCAAACUGUGUUAGUUCUAUUCUUCUCUUCGGUCCUCCAGGAACAGGAAAAACAAUGCUGGCGCGAGCAGUAGCGAGUAGAUUCAAUACAACAUUUUUUAAUAUAAGAUGUUCAAGUUUGGCGAGUAAAUGGCGAGGGGACAGUGAGAAAUUAAUUCGCCUCCUGUUCCUUCUAGCGAGGUUAAACUCGCCGGCCACCAUAUUUAUGGACGAGGCGGACGCUAUUCUGAGUGAGCGUGGGACGAGCAACGAACAUGAAGCGAGUCGGAGAUGUAAAGCUGAACUCCUGGUACAGUUGGACGGAUUAGAGAGUCAGGACUCAGCUAACAUUCUUUUCCUGGCUUCAACCAACCUACCCUGGAGUCUAGAUCCAGCUAUACUCCGGAGAUUUAACAAGAAGAUCCUUGUCAACCUACCAGAGGAGGAGGAGAGGUUUAAUAUUAUCUCAAGGUGUCUUGAUACAGAAGUAACAUCUCCUCCUCCACCUGAACAGCUCGCUAAGGUUGCCAAGGAAACUAAGGAUUACUCCGGAUCUGAUCUGACAAUGCUCUGUAGGGAGGGGAUACUAACCGCCAUACGCAAAACGGAGAAGGACGAAUCUCUAGAGAUUUCUCUCGAUAUUCUUCUUCAAGCAAAAGAGAAAGUAAAACCAUCAACGGCUAGCAGAGCCAAGUUUAACGAUUGGAACAAUAAAUUUGGAUCUUGUUAAGUUUGUUAACGACACACCCUAGAAAUAAACAUUAAUAAAAUUA